AUGCAACAGCAGCAAUACAUGGAACGACAGCAGCGACAAGUCGCUCAGCAGCAGUGGCACGAGGCACAGCAGCAACUGCAGCAGCAACAGGAGCAGCAACGACUUAGAUAUCAGCAGCAGCAACAGCCACAUCAUAUACAACAACAACAGAAUCAUCAUCAAUGUAUACUACAACAGUUGCAACAGCAGCAACAGUUUCAUAACCAGCAACAAUUACAACAGCAGCAGCAACAACAAAUGCAACUCCAAACAGAGACUUUGUGCCCCUGUAAUAAUUAUAUGAUAGCUUCACCCCAAAACGCUUUGCAGGCUAGUAGCUAUUGUGUCGUCUAG